AAAAAUUUCAUUCCAACAACAACAAGCUUAGCAAAUUGCUAUGAUUCUCUGAGAAAUCAGCAGAAGAAAUCUUGGAGCAAACAAAGUGAGCACAAUCCCUAGUUUGGGGAUGAUGUUUCCGCGACUACGAUUGACGAAGGUCUUCUUCUCCCUGGUCCUCGCCGGGAAUUGGAUCGUCUUUUCCGACGGUAGCAGCGGUGGCGGCGCGAGAAACGGCUACUCCGGCGGAUUAUGGUCGUCGGCUAUUGCUCCUUCCAAUGUUGGUUUAGCUGUCGCAGUCACCGUCAUGGCCGGUCUGGCCGUGACUCUCACCGUCGUCUACUCUCGUAGGGGAAGCAUUGGAUCACCUUGGUCACUGAGGACAAGAAAGCAUGUUCUUCAACCUGAACAGUGGAAUGCUUUCUUCACAGAGGAAGGGCGACUCAGUGAUGGAGGUGUCAAAUUUCUGAAGAAAGUUCGUAGUGGGGGUGUACAUCCAAGCAUCAGACCAGAAGUUUGGCCGUUUCUCCUUGGAGUGUAUGACCUAAACAGCACCAAGGAAGAAAGAGAUUCUAUUCGACAGCUGAAACAGAAGGAAUAUAAAAGCCUGCGUAGACAAUGUCGCGAGAUUCAUGAACGCAAUAAAAAUGGCUGCGACUCAAAGCAGACAGCUCAGAACAGUAAUACUGGAGACAGUCAGGAUGAGAACUGUGAAAAGAGUGAUGUCACCAUUGAAGAUGCUGCUGCUAAUGACUCAGACUCAACCAACCCUGAAGAAACCGAGACUUCACCUCUUCUAGCUAACGAAGAAGCAGAAAGCCAGAAUACUGUUACCCAUGAAAAAGACAAUUUGUCUCCAUCAUCAAAGCCAAAAUCACAGGCUGCAGAAGAGGAUUUCAUCACAACUAAUGACUCAGACUCGACCAAUCCUGAAGAAACCGAGACUUCACCUCUUCCAACUAACGAAGUAGCAGAAAGCCACAAUACUGUUAACGAAGAAAAAGAAAAUUCUUCUCCAUCAUCAAAGCCGAAAUCACAGGCUGCAGACGAGGAUUUCAUCACAACUAAUGACUCAGACUCGACCAACCCUGAAGAAACCGAGACUGCACCUCUUCUAGCUAACGAAGAAGCAGAAAACAACAAUACUGUUAACCAAGAAAAAGACAAUUCGUCUCCAUCAUCAAAGCCAAAAUCACAGGCUGCAGACGAGGAUUUCAUCACAACUAAUGACUCAGACUCGACCAACCCUGAAGAAACCGAGACUGCACCUCUUCUAGCUAACGAAGAAGCAGAAAACAACAAUACUGUUAACCAAGAAAAAGACAAUUCGUCUCCAUCAUCAAAGCCAAAAUCACAGGCUGCAGACGAGGAUUUCAUCACAACGUGGCAGAGAAUUAUCCGCCUAGAUGCCGUGAGAGCAAAUGACGAAUGGGUGCCCUACUCACCGUCUCAAGCUGCUGUUUCUGAGACAAAAGCCCGGGGUAUAGCCAUACAGGUUGGUCUCAAUGACUACGACCACUUGGAACCCUGCCGGAUAUUCCAUGCAGCCCGCCUGGUCGGGAUCCUUGAAGCCUACGCUGUCUACGAUCCAGAAAUCGGUUAUUGUCAAGGAAUGAGCGACUUACUAUCUCCUUUAAUCGCAGUGAUGGAAGAUGACGUCUUAGCAUUCUGGUGCUUUGUCGGGUUCAUGAGUAAAGCACGGCAUAAUUUCCGGCUAGACGAGGUUGGAAUCAGGCGACAACUCUCAAUGGUAUCGAAAAUCAUAAAAUUCAAAGACAUUCACUUGUACCGACACUUGGAGAACCUUGAAGCAGAAGACUGCUUCUUUGUAUACCGUAUGGUGGUUGUUUUGUUCAGAAGAGAACUAACAUUUGAGCAGACGCUGUGUCUCUGGGAAGUAAUGUGGGCAGAUCAAGCUGCUAUACGAACUGGGAUUGCAAAGGCAACAUGGGGGAGAAUCAGGUUACGAGCGCCGCCUACAGAAGAUUUGUUGCUUUAUGCGAUAGCUGCGAGUGUAUUGCAGAGGAGAAAGACGAUCAUAGAGAAAUACAGUGGGAUGGAUGAGAUAAUGAAGGAAUGUAACAGCAUGGCUGGUCAUCUUGAUGUUUGGAAACUUCUAGACGAUGCUCAUGACUUAGUCGUCAAUCUUCACGACAAGAUCUAAGAAUUAUAUAUCUCACCCGUGUUCCGUCUCUUUUACUUGUUUGUUGCUGCCCUCUUUGUUAUUGUUACAUAAAAUGUAAUAAAAACAACAUUGUCCAAAAACGCUUGAAAAUGUCUUCUUCA